AUGAUUUCGUCGUUGUCGAGGGUGCCAAUGAGGAUUGGCAAGUUGAUUUUUAUGAUAGUUGUUACAUCGUUAGUAUUAAUCUUCACUCUACAAAGAUUUCAUGGGCAACCAAAACUUGCAAGCAUCAAAAUAAUAAAUCCAUAUGAAGGUAGGUCACCAAUAAUAGAAACAGAGACCACGAGAACUCAUUUUACAGGUACUACGAGGACUCCGUUUGAAAAGAAACUCGAAAAAUUAUUUGAAAAAGUAGCUCUUAACAAAGACAAAUACUGGCUUGCGAAUACUGGAUUGACGGAGACGACUUUUGGGAUCAAGAUCACUGAUUUUUUGAAAGAUCUGACCUCUCAAACUGCAUGGGUAAACAGAUCUGGGUUAUAUUAUGAUCCACGAUUAACUUUAUCUAUAUACUUGAGUGAACUUAAAAAUAAGUAUUUAUUGAAAUCUAAGGGAAACAAAGUGGAACUCAACAAGAUAGAACCAGUGGUAUUACCUUUCAACUGGGCAGACUGGAUGGACUUGACAGUCUUGAAUGACGAUUUGAACCGACCCAUGAAUGAGAGGAUAAGCUGUACGUACAUACGUCAGCAUACAAAUAAUGAUCCUGAUCCUUCAUACUUUUGUAUAGAUAACGAUAAGGUGGCUGACUCUUUUGUGGAAUCUUUAGGAUACAAGCGGAGACAGCAGUUGCCAGGAUUUAUUAUCCAUGACCAUUCAAGUCAUGACGAUCGCCCAUUGAACGAUUUCAGAGUUUUGGAGGCUAAAUCUUACGCGAUGACACAUUUACCUAAACCAUUAAAGGUGAUUAUACUCAAUGGAGGAGAAGGAGGUGGAACAUAUGAAUUUGAGGUCGAUCCCGAGUCCAAUCAGAGAUUGGUUACAUCUGACAUGAUUGAAAACUUUCUUAAGUCUAAGGGAAUCAACCCAGCAGCAUUGGAUGGUGAGACUAUUUUAAAAUUAGAUCAUACAUUAGAGUUCGAAGAUCUUUUAUCAUCAGUGACUCCGCAUUAUUUACCAGAUGAGGAAGAUCAUCAUGGAAUGUAUAGAAGUUUAAGGAAACAGACAGAUCCAAAGUCCUCAAGACAAUUAACUGUACCUGAAGAGUUAUUUCAUUAUCCAAAAUCGAUGAUUCCGGAUCAGAUAUAUUUUUAUGAACACUAUAACACAGUACCUCUCGACAAAUUAUCGAGACAAGAAAGACUUUACUAUGAUGGGUUGAAGACUUGCCAACUUUAUAAUGAUUCUAAUGAACCGACAUACUUCAAAAUGGCGGUCAUAAGAAUUGAUGACGAAAGGAACGUCGACCAUGAAUGGGGGUGGCAUUAUGACUGGAGAUUUUUCAACGGAGCUUUGAACUAUCAACGACCUGGCUGGACAGAACUGGAAUUGAUUCAGCGAACAAAUAUCAUUUUGGAUAGAUUAUUAAGAAGCUGGUUUAGGUUUGCUGAAGAAAAGGGUAUCAUUACGUGGAUUAUGCAUGGACCAUUAUUGAGCUGGUAUUGGGAUGGGUUGAUGUUUCCAUUUGAUGUUGACAUAGAUAUACAGAUGCCCGCAAUAGAGUUGGCGCGUUUGGCCAAGGAUUAUAAUCAAACACUAGUUGUGGAAGACCCUAAAGAAGGUUAUGGGAAGUUUUUAAUUGAUGUCGGAACAUAUAUCCAUAAUAGAGGUAUUUCUCUUCAAAAUAACCACAUCGACGCUAGAUUUGUUGAUGUUGAUUCGGGGAUUUACAUUGAUAUCACUAGUCUUAGUAAAUCUAGGGCAAAUACACCAGAAGAGUAUACGAAUAACCCAUUAGUCAGCAUAGAGAAAGGACUUCAUGAUGAUCAGACCGAGAUCUAUAAUGAUCGCAGAAAGCAUUUCUACAAAUUGGAUCAACUUUCCCCGUUAAAGUAUUCAAUGUUAUGUGGUGUCCCUGUGUAUGUACCCCUGACGAUAACAGACAGACUUACAUUUGAAUAUCCAAACGGUGUGACCUCUUACGAGUUCAAUGGAUGGUAUUUCGUCCCUCAACUCAUGUUGUGGUUAAAAAAAGAACAGGUCGCGGCCGUCUUCAAAAAAGAGGAUAUUCUGCAAGAAGAUGGUAAUAUUAAUCAUAUAAAACUUAUUGAUCAGGUGAAAAACAUGUCAGAUGAACAAGUCUUGAAACUUCUUGAGAAUGAUGAUAUACUAGUCGAGUACUACCUUACCAAAGAGAUGACGGAUAUACACGAAAAAGAAUUUCAUUUAAUGUUUGACUCAAUUGGUAGAGAUAAGGAGAUCACAGCUUCCGACGAAGAAUAUCACAAAUUGGUUUCAACUUUCAGAAUGCAUAAACCGCUUCGUAAAGCCCUCUGGGAUUUUGAAAAUCUAGAAAGGCCCAAGCAUCACCGUGAUUACCCAUAG